CAGCAGUCUGAGAUACCACGUUAGGAAGCUCUCUACUCCAGCUGUCAUCAUGCACACACAGUGUACUACAGUCAUCGUAUGUGUUCUCCUGCUCUCUGCGACACUGAUACAGGGGUUUGCUGCACCACGUGGAAGCCGCUGCAAAUGUAAGAGCCUAUCUAAAAAGCUUAAUACUAAGAAGACGAUAAAGUUAGAAAUUUUCCCGCCAAGUUCUACGUGUGAUUUGGAAGAAUAUGUUGCUACUGUGAAAGGAGCCAAAAAAACAAAAUGUGUCAAUCCUCAUAUUAAGGAAGUAAAAGCUAUAUUGAAUGGAAAACUUAAAAACAGCAAACACAUUCAAGUGAUCAGACACUCAGUGUAACUGGGGGAGUAAAAAGACUCUUUCUGUGAUGGAAUACAUAUCUCAAUACUGUUUAUCAGACUAUAACAUGUCCUGAUUAAUACUCAUAUGGAAAACUGUACACAAUAGGGUUAUAUGGAUGUAAAGUGUAUUAAAAAAUUUAAAAUGUUCAUAUGUCUUUGCAUAACUUAUAAAUCAGCAUUUCUAAAUAUUUAUCUAUUGCCAUUUGUAUUAAAUGUGUAUAAAUUCCUUCUGUAUUUUGAAGUGUUGUGCGAACAAUACAAUCUGCUUGUUACUGUCUGGGGAUUAUAGGAGGGAGGACUGCUGCAACACAGCUUAAUGGCAGCACUUUUUGGUGUGUUAUAUGUAUGUAUAGCAGAAAUAAUCCUGUAGAGAAUGAGAUACAGGCUGUACAUUUUGUAUAUUUAUGCAAAGAUUUGUUUUUCCAUUUGUAAAUAUUGUACAAUAUAAUUGAAAGCAAUCAUUACGAAGGUACUGUUACAUGGUAAAUGAGUAUGAAUAGUUUGUACCAAAAUGCAAUAAAAUGUAUAUUUCAAUUUC